GCAGCGCGUCGUAGUCUUCCUUUCGGGAUUGGGACAGAAGGAACGUGGAUUUCACCGACGACGAUGGCCUCGAGACCAAUCGUCCAUCUGCUAAUCGCCUGCGGAAUUCUCGCUGCGACAAUGUCGCUCAAUCAAAACAGCAGAUUCUCGAAUCAGCUGUUCGACAAUCAAUUUAAUCGUGGUCUGCAACAAUUUUCGCCGAAACGUGGUCAAUCCGCGUCAUGUCCGGAGAAAAAUGGUCGUUUUCCGGUACAGAAUCAGUGCGACGCUUACAUCGAGUGCAUCGAUGGGAUAGCCGAGGAAAAGUUAUGUCCCGAAGGUUUAUUCUUUAAUCCUGAAGCUCGCUUCAAUUAUCCCUGCGGAUAUCCGAUCGACAUAGACUGCACAGGCAGACCGAAUUUGCAGCCGGCAAACCCGUCCAACGAUUGUCCUCAUCAAUAUGGCUACUUCAAGAUCGGCGAUCAUCAGCACUGCGGGCAAUUUAUGAACUGUGUGGAUGGCAGAGGUUACGUGUUUGACUGUCCGGAGGGUCUGGCCUUCAAUCCGCAGACCUAUCGAUGCGACUGGCCGGAUCAAGUGCCGGACUGUGAUGCAGAGACUUUCCUUGGCUUCCGUUGUCCGGAGGUGAGGAACGAUUUCUUCUUGGACGCCGAGAUUAAAUUUUAUCGUAGUCCUGCUGAUUGCCAUCAUUAUUAUAUUUGCGUAAACGGCCGUCCGAGACUGCAAAAUUGCGGCAUUGGAAAUGCUUUUAACGAGCUCAUCGACACUUGCGAUGCUGCGGAAAAUGUCACCGGCUGCGAACACGAAUCAAUAGCGAGAACCACCACUCCAUCUUACCAACGGGCUAGACUGUUUUAAAUUUUGAUAGAUUU